AUGACGUUAGGUGUGCCAAUUGUUGUAUUACAAUAUGAUCAAUUACCACAUUUCAAUGUUACCAAUUUAAAGAGUUCAACUCAAUCAAUUCAAGUCGAUAGUGAUUCGGAUCAACCAUUUUUAUCAACCCGUUCAAUCAGUACCUAUCCAACACUACCUGGAGGUGAAAAAGAUGGUGAUCCGAUAGCAGAUAAAUUAUUCGUUCAAGUACAUAAAAAUAGGGCAGUAUUAGCGAUCGCAGAUGGCUGUAAUUGGGGUAAAAGACCAGCAAUGGCAGCAAGGGAUGCAAUUGCAGCCUUUGCAGAGUAUUUCAACGAAAGACAAAAUGAAAUCAAUACACUACAAGAUGCAGGUCAUUUCCUAUUGAGAGCAUUUUGUGAAGCUCAUAAUAAAAUUGUAGAGGGUAAACCUGAUAUUUGGGAAGCAGGUACAACAACUUUAUUAGGUGGUUUAGUAUUGGAAUUUGAACAACAACAACAACAACCUUCAUCAUCAUCUUCAUCAAAUAAAGAUGAAAAUGGGGAAGAAGUUAUUAGCAAUGGUAGUGGUAGUAGUAAUGGUAAUGGUAAUGGUAAUGGUAGUGGUAGUAGUGGUAAUCAAUCAUCACCAAAAUGGGGAUUCUUAUGCGCUAGUGUAGGUGAUUGUAAAGCUUUUUUAGUAUCACAUAAACGUAAGGAAGCAACAGAUGUAACCAAUGGUAAUAGAUGUAAUUUAAGUGAUACAAGAGACCCAGGUGGAAGAUUAGGACCAUACGUUGGUCAAGGUUGGCCUGAUCUUAGAAAUUUGAAAUUAUACUUUACAUUUUGCGAAGAGAAUGAUAUAGCAUUAAUCGUUUCCGAUGGUGUUCAUGAUAAUUUGGAUCCAAUAAUGUUAGGUAAAACGCCUGAUGAAGUAAACAUUGACGCUAAAGGUUGGGAAGAUCUUCCUCAAGAUGAUUUAUUACGUGCUAAAACUCAAUUCAUGAAAUCAUUACUCGAAGAAAUGAUCUUUAAUAAUCCUGAUGAAAAAAUUUCUCCAACUGAUAUCACAAAUAAAAUUAUUGAUCAUUGUUCAACUGUUACUAAAAAUGCUAGAGAAUUUAUGCAAGAGUUCCCAAAUAAAAAACAACCAAAUGAUUAUAGAGAAUAUCCAGGUAAAAUGGAUCAUACCACUGUAGUUGCAUAUAAGAUUGGUUCUGGAAAUUCAUCAUCAUUUUAA